GUCCAGGGGACCCCUGGAUCCAGCCGACAGCUCUGUCCCUGCAUCGUCAAGGACAGUGCAUCUGAGCUUACUCCACUUCCUGUUUACAGUAAGUUGAAGCCUUUGGAGGGGGAGGCCACUUGCAAACCUUCAGCUGUGACUUUUGAGAACCAGUUAUAAUCCAUGGAUGUGAACUAUGGGCAUACGAGUCCAGAUCACUUGAGAAAAGAUUUCCCUCCUGGUUAUCCACCUCAGAAUGCACCAGGAGGGUUUCAAGGUCCUGUCGGCUAUCCAGUCCCUUAUGGAGGCUAUCCCGCUCCUGCGCCCGGCGGGAUUCCCGCACAAAUGCAUCCCACUGGAUUUGCCAUCCAAUCGCAGCCCGGGGGUCCCAUCGGAACACCGUGGAUGGUUCCCCCGCCUCCACCACCAAACUGUCCUCCUGGAUUGGAGUAUUUGUCUCAGGUAGAUCAGGUGUUGAUUCACCAGCAAAUUGAACUUCUGGAAGUUUUGAUAGGUUUUGAAACCAACAACAAAUAUGAAAUUAAGAAUAGUCUGGGGCAGAGAGUUUACUUCGCGGUGGAGGAAAAUGACUGCUGUACGCGGAACUGUUGUGGAGCCGCAAGACCAUUUGUCCUGAAGAUCCUCGAUAAUUUGGGGAGAGAAGUAAUCUCCUUGCAGAGACCUUUGAGAUGUUCCUCCUGCUGGUUUCCUUGCUGCUUGCAAGAGCUUGAAGUUCAGUCUCCUCCAGGGGUUACGAUUGGAUUCGUCGUCCAGAACUGGCAUCUGUGUCUGCCCAAAUUUACCAUUCAGAAUGAGCACAGACAAGAUGUACUGAAAAUCACUGGCCCCUGUGUGGUCUGUAGCUGUUGCUCUGAUGUUGACUUUCAGGUGAAGGGCCUGGAUGAGCAAUCUGUGGUGGGAAAGAUUUCCAAGCAGUGGAGCGGCUUGGUGAGAGAAGCAUUUACAGACUCCGAUAACUUUGGGAUCCAGUUCCCAUUAGAUCUGGAUGUGAAAAUGAAAGCUGUGAUGCUGGGAGCCUGUUUCCUCAUUGACUUCAUGUAUUUUGAAAACGCUGGAAAUCAAUCCUAACCUGCAGACCAAGUCCAUGGACCACUGGAAUAGUCUUCCAGCCAUUAUCAUGAAAAGAAUAGGAGAAUAAUAGAAUUUCACAGCCCGUCUCCAAACUGUGAAGACAUUCUGGGUUUCCCCCUUUUUUAUUCAUAUCUAUUUUUAAAAUGUUAUUUGAUCGUACAAGGCUUCAUUUUCUGCAAGGAGAUAACUGCAAGUGCACAUUAAAGUUUAAAUGACUGUUGAUUCCACCACACCUACUCAGAAAUACAGUUUCUGGCUCAAGAUUGGAAGUCCCAUAGAUAUUUAUCUUUCUCUAUGAAGAAACAUUUUUAUCUUUGGUUUUUGAGCUAUUUUGUAAUGUAAAAAUUGUACUUUGUAAUGUCAAUUUAUAAUUAAAAUACGUUUUGUGAGUUUUAAUUACUGCACAUAAUUUAUAAAUGUAUCAAAAGAAAUAAAUGAACAGAGCAGCA